AUGCCUGCGAACAGUCAGUUUGUGUCUCAGGGACCUCAGUUUGGCACAGAACCUGGUCUACGUACUGGCAGUGAAAAGACCUCCGUUGGGUCUCCAACUUCCGCUGAUUCUCAAGUGAAAAGUCAGUCUGAAACGGACAAUUUUCCGGGAUUGACAACUGCAUUCGGCUCUGCUUCUAUAACAGACCACAUGCCCGAGAACAGUCAGUUUGUCCCCCAGGAGCCUCGAUUUGGCACAGAACCUAGUCUGCGUACUGGUAAUGAAAAGACCUCUGUUGUGCCACCAAUUUCCACGGAUGUUGAAAUGGAUAUUCAGGUGAGUGAUUCCUUUCCUACUCGUUUGUACACGAGAACGGUCUUCUGUCUGUUUUAUCUUCUUUAA